CUCUCACCACCUACUUCCACUCCACAAGACAAAAGAUAUAUACCAUGGCCGCCCCAUACCACGCAACUACAGGACAAGGUGCAAAGCAGGAAGAGGCAACAUUCGAAGAGGUCUUGGAACUCUCACAGCAGCAUGGGAGCAAAGUACCAUUGAUCGAUGUCCGCGACCCAAACGAGACCGCCCUCGGAAUCAUCCCUACUGCAAAACUCAUCCCACUAGGAUCUCUCAACAAAGCCUUGGUUUCCUUAUCAGAUCUGGAAUUCGAGAACGAAUACGGGUUUAAACGAUUCGACAAGGACGACGAAGUGAUUUUCUAUUGCAGAUCCGGUCGUCGUUCCAGGUUGGCGUUCGGACAGGCAAAGGAACUAGGCUACACUCGUGUGCGUCAUUACCCUGGAUCGUGGAUCGAAUGGGAAGCCAGGACCAAGGGUCCAAACGACAACUAAACAGCAUGACAUUCGCUACAACCGCAUACCCGAUUUGAUUUUUUUUUUUCUUUCAAUGAACAAAGCAGAGACAAGAAAAAGCAAAAGACCAUUGUAGAA